UUAAGGGCAAUUAGAGGAAGAAUAUUUUGCUUAUAAUGUAAUAGUUGGUGUUUAUGUAGUAAACCCUCAAGUAUUUCCCUCAAAUGCUCAGAUUUUAGCAUUUGUUUAGUCAGCUCUUAUCUGCGCGUGUGUGAGUGUGUGUGUGUGAGAGUGAUCCUGUGAUGUGAAUGAGUGUUGUUCAGGUCUCUGCCUGGGGGGGCGGGCCAGAGCGCAGCUGCUCUCUCAUUGGCUGGGCUGGCUGAGAGGUUGUGUCUUGCACAGGAGGGAUGGAGUGAUCAGUUUUCAGUCUGAGGAGCAACACUGGAGCUGCUGGAAACUGUGCUUCAGCAGAUCAAUAAAGGUCUGCAGGCACUGAUCUGCGUCAGAGACCUGAGUCCGCUUCUACGCUGAUACACACACUCCAUCAUGAAGUCUCAGCACAAAUGCAUUGUGAUCUUUGCGCUGGUGUGCUGCUGUGCUCUCCUGAUAGCAUUAAUAUUCUCUGCUGUAGAUGUGUGGGGCGAUGACGAGGACGGCAUCACUGUAGAAACCUGUAGCAGAACCUGCCGUGUUGUGCUUGUGGAGAACAUUCCAGAAGAUCUGUCCAUCCCAUAUAAGGACACAGUUUCCCUGACCGCUGGUCUUCAUGAGCUGCUGGAUAAAGCGCGUCGAUCUGUUGAGAUUGUGUCACCAUGGUGGUCACUGAACUCAACUAAGUCUGGAUCAAAUCUUCCUCAGGCCAAACAGGGCCAGAUCUUACUCCAUCAGUUGAAGAGUUUGCGGUCUCGGUCAGUCAGUUUGAGGGUGGCCAGUGGACUAACUAAUUCCUCAGAGCUCAAUGAGCUCACUCGGAGUGGUGCAGACGUGCAUUACGUGAACAUGACAGCCCUCAGUAGAGGUCAGCUGAACUCCUCCUUCUGGCUGGUGGACCGGAAGCACAUGUACAUCGGAAGUGCCGGCAUGGACUGGAGAUCCCUAUCCACGAUGAAGGAGUUUGGCAUCAUCAUUCACAACUGCAGCUGUCUAGUGUUGGACCUGCACCGGAUAUUCAGCCUUUACUGGCAACUGCAGUAUAAAGACUUUCUGCCGUCGAUAUGGUCAAAGAGACUGACCGCACUGUAUAACAAAGACAAGCUCCUGCAACUGAGUCUGAACGGCACUGAAGCAGAGGCAUACAUUUCUAGUUCUCCAGAUGUUUUCUGCCCAAAAGACCGGAUGAAAGAUAUCGAGGCCAUUAAAAGGGUCAUUCAGGAGGCCAAGACAUUUAUCUACAUCUCCAUACCCGACUAUUUACCAAUGCUCAACCGCACCAAACCCAAGUACUGGUCGCUGAUUGAUAACAUGCUCCGAGAAGCCCUGGUCCUGAAGGCAAGGCUCGAGGUGCGAGUGUUGAUCAGCUGCGGGGACGAGACCGAGCCGCUGACGCGUAACUUUCUGUGGUCGCUGAAAGCGCUGUGUGUAGAGUCGCUCAGAUGCUCACUGGAGGCGAAGUUCUUCAUUCCUCGUGAGCAGAGCGAUGGACGUCUCUCCAGGAUCAACCGCAGCAGAUUCAUGGUGACAGACAGCUCUGUGUAUCUCGGGAAUCUGGACUGGGUGGGGAAGGAGAUGGCCUUCAGCGCUGGCGUCGGGGUGGUGAUCCGGCAGCGGCUCAGCGAGAACAACACCGUGGUGGAGCGGAUGAAAGCUGUGUUUGAGCGAGACUGGCAUUCCCACUACACUAAAACUCUGGAUCCAAACAAGAUCCCAGUAUGCAGCACACACACAGUCAAGGACACCAGCAUCUGAAAACACACGCACAACAUUAACUUUCCAACGCAGAUCGGCUGUUUCUUUUGCACUUUGAGUUCAAACAGCGUUCAACAAAGCAAGGCAUCUCAUGCUAUCUGAUCAUGUUUUGUAUGCUAAUAUGUAUUUUGCUAUUCCGUUUGCCCAUUUUUUCCACCUGUAUGAAGAUCUUCAUGAUUUUCUCCA